AUGAGAGCAGAGUACAAGGGUGGACGCAAAGCAUUGCACGACUGUCCCGCCUCCGCUACGAUCCCCGCAGACAAGAGCACGAUGCUGCCGCCCGAGAUAUGGAUCUCUAUUGCCGAAUGUUGCGUCGCCAACCACUACUGCGACAAGAAUGCCCUCCUAACCCUCCGGACCGUAUCCAGGCUUUUCAACGAUGCCAUCAGGCCCUAUGCACUCCGCACGCUGCAGCUCGAGUUCACGAGGCUCGACCGAGUCUCGCAACGACGGCGCCGCCCUCUGGACGGAGAUGCGCUGCGCGGAAUGGGACACCUGUGUAAAGCUCUCUACCUGGAUAUGAUGCUGAUUAGAGAUGAAGGCGAGAUCCUGUAUCUAGGCAAUAUCUUUAGAAACGUGCCUUCCAUGGACUCCUUCGUCACGACGUUAUACGACCGCUAUUGCAUGAACGAGAACUCGUUUACAGAGGUGGAAUAUCGUGAAUCAUUGGGAUACAUGCUAGAAAGGACCAUGGAUGUGGAAGCCGUUCGACUGAACCUGCCAUUUCAACUGAUCUCGAAGCAUUGCCAGGCUUCGACGAUGCUCCUGGGAAAUACAUUCGAAGCGCUGGCACAGAGGCCAGAAGAUUCGAAAACAUUGAAGACGUUAGUGUUGGAGAACAUGACAGACAUCGGAAUAGUGAAGCUCUGGAGGAACCCCCGGGACGUCAAAAAUAUUAUCGACACCUUUGUGGACCUCAAGCAUCUUCUGAUUUCCGUUCGAAGGCACGACGACGCCAGAUAUCAUGUCAUUAGCUUCCAGCAGCGCCUGUGGGAGAUGAUAGGCAAGGCAGGGAAACUGGAGAGCCUGUGUUUGGUCAGCCUGAACAUGGAUGAGCAGCCUUUCGAGGUAGUCAGGCACUCGUCACAGCGGGACUGCACCUUGAGCGACUGGCACUUCAAAUCGAUCCCAACCGUGCGGAAACCGCCCAAGUCCGUAUUGCCAUACCUGACCUCGCUGGAGCUCCGUAGGGUCGAGAUCCAUCCUUGCGGGUUUCUGUCCCUAUUCAAGUGCUUCGGCAGUUCGCUGAAGGAGUUGAUCCUAAACCACGUCUACCUCAAGACUUGUUACAACUCGUAUGCACCCGACCAUUUCCUAAGGACAUUAUGGAUCGGACUGCCCAACGAGCGCCCGCAACAAAAUCAUAGAUGGAUUGCUGUUGCACUGCGUGAGAUGGAUGUUCAGCUACAAGUCUGUCGAGCAACCAAUCUCGGCUACGACCAAUACCUUGUAGGCCUAGAGCCAGCUGCAUGGUCAAAUUACGAUCUUGUAGAUCCAAGUGGCCUCGGAAGGUCCCUGGAGGAGCGAUUUGUUGAGGUUGUCACGGGAGUCAAGCAGCCAAGCAACGUGGACGGCUCGACUGUCGAGUAUUGGCCCGAGGAAGAAGCCCAGACUUGGGCACACGCCAACAAGGAGCGGCCCUUGAACACCACGCGGUUGGCGUGGGAUGCAGCCGCCUAUAUGAAAGAACCCGAGAACAACACAACCUCACGAUGGCAGAAGUCCAUCGAUGGGUAUUUCCCCAACUGCAACCAAUUCACCCUCGACGAACUGCAUCGCUUUGCGGACACGGCGUGCGAGGGCAUGAACGAGCUUAAUCGUCGGUGCGCCCAGGGGUUCGAUGAGCUGGAACCGAGUUAUCGUGAGGAGGAUGUUGGGGACGACCAGCUGCUCGAGCCUGACAACUCGCCAGGACCUGCUAUCCCGCCGGCUCCGUUCUCCUUCUCCGUCGAUUCGGAUGAGGAUUAA